AUGAAUAUAUCCUUUUUAGCAACAUUCUUCACUUUAUCCGUAGCCGUACAAGGAAGAACUUACGGAGAAUUGGGAUUCGUAAAGAUAGUUAAAGAAGCCGUGAAACUGCAGAGGGAUUUACUUAAAUUAUGCUGGGAUGUUCCUUACGGUACCGAAGAAGUCUAUAGCCCAAACGGAUACACUCUCAAUGUACCUAUAGAAGGUGAAACAAAAAACGUGGAAGUCAAAGUUAUGAAUCUAGUUUUGAGCGUCAGUGUGGCUAGAGGUUCGAGAAUUUUACACGUCGUUCGUGUUCUGCCUUCAGUUGUAGAUUUAUACGAAGGUUAUUGGGAGUUCAAUGAUGAUAAAUUGCAAGUUAUUGUACCAUAUAAGAAAGCAACGAAAAUUGUGCCAGUAACUUGUAACGAAUGUUUGAGUAGAAUGGUCGUUUUGGAACAGUUCCCGAUGACGCCGAAAAUGAGCGCGGGUCUCGGUGACGGUGAUGAUGGCUCGUGUUACAUUUAA